AUGCACCCGCCCGGCGCCCUGCUCACCAUGGCCGAGGGCGCUUUCUCUCUGUCCGCACCCGCGGCGCGAAGCCCCGGGGGGAACCCGUCGAGGCUGCACAGCAUCGAAGCCAUCCUGGGCUUCACCAAGGAGGACGCGCUUCUGGGCCCCUUCCCGCCCGACGGCAGCGGCGGCAGCACCAAGGCGGCGGAGCGGCGGGGUGCCCGGCACUGCCUGCCCAAGGGGCCUGCGGAGCCGCCGCCGGCCGAGCCCCAGGGCCGCGCCGAGCGCUUCCAAGAGCCGUACUGCCCCGGCAGCGCCAGCCCCGAGUUGCCCGCCGGCAGCAGCGGCGAGGGGAAGCCGUCGGACGAGGAGCAGCCCAAGAAGAAGCACCGGCGGAACCGAACCACCUUCACCACAUACCAACUGCACGAGCUGGAGCGCGCCUUCGAGAAGUCCCACUACCCCGACGUGUACAGCCGGGAGGAGCUCGCCAUGAAGGUCAACCUCCCUGAGGUCCGCGUGCAGGUGUGGUUUCAGAACAGACGGGCCAAGUGGAGGCGGCAGGAGAAGCUGGAGGUGACCUCCAUGAAACUGCAGGACUCUCCCAUCCUCUCCUUCAACCGCUCGCCACAGGCAACACCCAUGGGUCCUCUCAGCAGCAACCUGCCCCUGGAGACAUGGCUGAGCUCGCCGGUGCCCAGCAGCACGGCCCUGCAGACCCUGCCUGGCUUCGUGGCCUCUCCGCAGAGCCUGCCGAGCAGCUACACACCACCGCCUUUCCUGAACUCUCCAGCAGUGACCCAUGCACUGCAACCCCUGGGGGCCAUGGGGCCACCACCGCCUUACCAGUGUGGGGCCACCUUUGUGGACAAGUUCCCCUUGGAUGAGGCAGACCCGCGCAACACCAGCAUUGCUGCCUUGCGGAUGAAGGCCAAGGAGCACAUCCAGUCCAUCGGCAAACCCUGGCAGACAAUCUGA